AGACUACUUUGGUUCAUGGUCCUAUUAUUUCAGACAGUAGCUCCAUUUAGUGAGUUCUUCUCCUGAUUGCAUUUCACCUUUCUGCCAUCCUUUUCCAGCUCCAUGACGGUCCUACAGGUGGCUGGAACCCCCUGGACAGCGGCUCUGAUGGUGUUACCGAUGGUACUGCUCAACCCCGUGGUCCAGGGAAGGGCCACCCCAGAGAAUUACCUGUUCCAGUGUCGGAUGGAGUGCUACGCGUUUAACGGGACGCAGCGCUACGUGGAGAGAUACGUCUACAACCGGGAGGAGUUCGUGCGCUUCGACAGCGACGUGGGGGAGUACCGGGCGGUGACCGAGCUGGGGCGGCCCACAGCCGAGUCCUGGAACGCGCAGAAGGACGUCCUGGAGACGAAGCAGGCCGCGGCGGACACGAUGUGCAGACACAACUACGAGCUGGACGAGUCCUUCACCCUGCAGCGCCGAGUCCAGCCUAGAGUGAACAUCUCCCCCACCAAGAAGAAGCCCCUGCAGCACCACAACCUGCUUGUCUGCCACGUGACAGAUUUCUAUCCAGGCAGCAUUGAAGUCCGAUGGUUCCUCAAUGGACAGGAGGAAACAGCUGGAGUUGUGUCCACCAGCCUGAUCCGCAAUGGAGACUGGACCUUCCAGAUCCUGGUGAUGCUGGAAAUGACCCCCCAGCAGGGAGACAUCUACACCUGCCAAGUGGAGCACCCCAGCCUGGACAGUCCUCUCACUGUGGAGUGGAAAGCGCAAUCUGAUUCUGCCCGGAGCAAGACACUGACUGGAGUUGGGGGCUUCGUGCUGGGUUUCAUCAUCUUUGGAGUGGGCAUCUUCAUGUACAGGAGGAGCAAAAAGGGUAAGGAUGCCUACAAGUUCAACGAGGAUCACAAUAAACGGGGUUCCUGACCUAACCAGAAAGAAAAUGUGCCUUAAAAGAAGUAUUUUUCUGCAUUUCUUUAGUCAUGGAUGUUGGUUCUGGGACAGACCUCCAGCUUCCCAAGCAGAUGUUGCUGUCCAGUGAUUGUUCAGAUGCUGGUUCUGCUCUUUGAUUCAGUGCACAGUUUCUCUGAUGGGGCCUCCAACCAAGUUUCCUUCUCCUUAGCUUCAUAAAAAAA